UCCCCAGGGCUAAAAAUGCAUCCAUCCUUUCUUGUAAAAAUGUGUUGAAUGGGUGUUUUUUUGUGUGUAGAGGAGCAAAAAAAGUAUUGUACAGUAUGUAAUGGCACAGUGUUUUCUUUCUUUUUUAAAUGGAUGUACGCAAAAUGUAUCAAGGAUCAAUUACAAUGGGAACCAUUAGCAGACGCAUGUUUUCACUACGAUCUCUUUAGGCUGGUAACACCCACCGAUGGUCUCCAUGGAAACGUCGUCCACCACGCCGAAGGGGGAAACGUAUCAGCAGUAACGCUAACGUUAGUUCUCCGAUCUAGGCAAGACAUACUAUACAGUCUUUUGACAAAAUUGGUUAUUAUGAACCAAUUUCAGAAUUUGAUAAAUGACUGUCUUAUCGAUACAAAACACGUGGAAAGCGCUGUCAUUCUGGUUGCCAAGACUGCAGCAGUAACUGCGGCGUCUGCAAGGUUUCAGGUUCUUCCUACACAAGCCCAGAUUUUCAUAGACUCUUUCAAGCACAUGACAUCGACCAGAGAGCGGGGCUUCUACUUUCAAGACAAAGCAUACACCUGUGUCCGAGCUGACAGGAACUCCAUCUACUGCAAAUGUGGAACACAUGGCUUGAUUCUUGUGAAGACUGCUCUGUAUGUUAUAGUGGCCACAUACAACGACAGCAUGUACCCUAGCGUGUGUGUGGAGGCUGUCGAGAAACUAGCUGUGUACCUCAAGGAAAAGGGAAAAUGAAGCAAGACCUGAAGAGGAGCAGCGUUCUGAUGGAUGAAACUGAUGAAGUGGACUGGUCAAGUUAAACAGUUGCCUGAACAGUUAGGCCACCUGCUAAGGAGGACAAACAUGUUUCGGAGAAAGUCGGUGUGUGUUUGUUUUCUUUCUAUGAACUCGCCCCUGUCCCCUCUCGCAGUAUACAGGUUUAACCACUAGGUGGUAGUAAAUAGUAAAUAACCCAGCUGUGUGGUCCAAGAACAGUUUUUAGUGUUGAGAUCCUCUUAGAACAGGAAUUAUGACCAACCAUGGUCAAUGAGAUGCUGUAUUUCCAGCCCUGCUCUAUAAUAAUAAUAAUAAUAAUCACAUCUGAUUCUACUCCUCAGCAAACAGAAAUGGUUCUGGGGCUUCGUGGCUAAAGGCCUUUUUAAACUGUCUCUGUUCAUCGCAGACUUUCUGUUCAAACGCUUCAAUUACUCUCCAACCCCCUCUGGUGAUAACAUGAUUAACCUAACUACACACUCGCACUUUACUCGCAUCAACACACACACACACACACACACCCUGGCGUAGCCUUGAUGAGUGUUUCAGAGCUGAAGCUGUGUAAAUGAAUUUCCUCAUGUGAACAAAUAAAGGAAAUCUGUAACUGAGUCAAAACAUCAAAGAUCCCCCACCAUAUUUUACAGUAGGAAUGAGGUGUUUUCUGCAUAUGUGUUGUUGUUUCGGAAGGCCAAACCCACCAUUGGUGUGCUUGGCCUAAUACCUACAUGUUCAUGUCAUCUGACCAUACCACUGCCUGGAGUUUGCUAAAUGGCUUUGACACUUGUAUUGUUGCUAUGGUUAUAUGACAUGAAAAUAGAGCUCUGGCCACACUACAGCAGGGGCUUUGGCCUUCGAAAGAACAACACAUUUUCAGAAAAUACCUCAUUCCUACUGUAAAAUAUUGUGGUGGAUCUUUGAUGUUUAUGAGGCUAUUUUACUUCCACUGGUCCUAGGGUCUUUGUUAAGGUCAACGACAUCAUGAACUCUACCAAGUACCAGGACAUUUUUUGCCAAAAACCUGGUUGCCUCUGCCAGGAGGCAGAAACGUGGCCGCAAGUGGAUCUUCCAGCAAGACAAUAACCCCAAGCAUAAAAUAAUAAUACAUGGUUUAGCAAUGUAGCUGCUUUCUGUAUUAUUCAUUUUAUACAGUCUUUUUUUACUCAUCUUUGUCAAGGGAUCCAAUCAUUCCAGACUCCACAGUACAUGCUGCAGAGAGACAAACAAGAAUGCAUGGUAGCACACAGACUUCCUGCACUCUCUGUCACAUUCGGUUAGGGCACCUGUGCUUUUAAAGGAAUGUGACCUUUGUUGUCAAGUUCUGGUUGAAACCUCUAAAAAUGGAAGCAGGGCGGUCACAAAGAAUCAGCCGCCUGUCCAUGUGGUUGCACACACACUCUGACACGUCUCCUGAAUUCCUCAGAGAGGAUUUGUGCUUGUGUCAGCCUGCAUGAUUGGUUAGAAGAGGAGAGACCUUUUUAACAUGGAGAACAACAUCUAUCAAGCACAGAGUCCCACAGUAUGAGUCAUAAAACUCCGUGGUCAAAAGAAAUGGUUCCGAUCAUUUUUCCCUCAUUCAUUUUAGAAACACUUAAAAUAAUUGCUGUGUUUUGAUAACCGUGUAAAUCUCUCUAGGACAAGAUUAUUUAUAUCGAUAGAGUCACCUGAAUUUCCCCACCCCACCCACCCACUAAUUACUGUAGCAUUUUAGAAUCCGAGUAAAUAGAGCCGAUAUGUCACCCUGUCCAGAGAGAGUUACAUCAUCAAAACGUCACGCCAGGGUCAGUCUACACGAAACGCUGCCCUUAUUUCAAGUGUUUCUAAAAUACCCAAUUGGAAAAAUGAAUUGUGCAAAGAAAAUCGAGUGGAGCCAUUUCCCUGUUUGACUGCUAGGUUGCAUGGGUAUUAUGACACCUCGCCUGUGGCGCUCUAUUAAUCAACAGAACUCACAGGAAAACAGAUAUUUUGUAACUUGAAGGCGUAUUAUUUAUUUGUGUUAGCGAAGAAUACUUUUCCACAAGGGAGAAACAGCAGUGAGACAGUGGAUGAAAGGUUACGUAAUGAUCCUACAGUGAGAUUGAGGCGCAGAGGAGGACUAUGGGUAAAUGAGGGGCAGCGGUGCGCACUAACAACUCUAGUGUCCUGCUACGUCUGCAUAGUGACAUCUCUUAAGUGCACUCCAUGACCCACUUAUCAGAGGUGCGCUCCAACUCCAUUGUACGGUAUAUGAUGUGACUGAAGUCUCUCACUGGAACUUUAACACAGUGGUGGGAAACACUCCUGGAGAGAUGCACAGUUUUCUCCACCCCUGCACCAACAGCAGCUAAUCACACAAUGUCCUGAUGAACAGGGGCACCCCUGUCUGUAACUUGAAGACUGAUGUUUGGAUAAAAGCGUCUGCUAAAUGGCAUAUAUAUGUUAGCGGAUGCCAAGCUUUUAGCUCAGUGGGCUCACACAGUCUUGAGUCAUGCCACCAACUGCCAUGUUCAUUAUAAUUAAUAUCAUCAUUGCUUGUUUGGUUGUUUGUUAAUAUGUGCUUGAGAAAAAGGGAGGUGUGUAUAUUCCCUGAUGUGUCUGUGUGUAUUUUCCUUGACGUGGCCUCUCUCUCUGCAUGCUAGUCUUGGUUGGUUUGUGUUUUUGGCUCAGAGACAGUCGCUUCAUUAUUUUUUGAGAUGUGUGUGUUACAUAAAUGAUGGUCCUACACAGUCAUAAUCUAAUCAUUCCCAUGACUGAGGCAGUAGGAGCAGAGACCCAAUCUGCCUUUCCUUCUCCCUUCUUCUAGUCUCUAUAUCCCACUCUUUCACUCUCGUUUUCUGGGAGUUCCUCUCCUAAUCUAGACAUUAAUGAGCAGAUUAGUUCAGGCAAGCAGGGAUAGGAUAGUCAGAGACACACAAUAACUCUGUUCGCAGAGGAAUGCCUGUUCUGUUGGCAGGUCAAUAGGUAGGUGACCGGGGGUUGUGUGGAAGUUGUA